AUGCCAGGUCACUCGGAGAAGCUGGCUGGCGGAGCUUUCCCUUACCCCCCUGACCCCCCGGGCUCGGUGCCUCGGGGCAGCCCGGAGAACGCGCCAGCAGCACUGGUCCCAACUCUAGUUCCCCCUCCCCUACCACCACCACCCCGGCCUGACAGCUGGGCGGUCCCGCCUGACCCGCGGGGCGGGCUCCAGCACUCUCCCGAAAACGCACGCCCUAGCGGGCAGCGGCACCACCGCGAAGGGGCGGGCCGCGCCGAGCGCAGCCAGCCCUCCCACCCCACCUCCCCACCCCACCCCACCCCCGGGCUGGAUGGGGCAACUACCGCUCACUUUCCAUUUUGUCAUGGUAAUGAUGCUCUCGGCGGCGGCGGCGGCGGCGGCGGCAGGGAGUUGCAAGCCGGGGUGAUGAACGGCUCAAAAGGGAUCAGCGACCCAGCCUGGUCUCACCGCCCAUGUGUGUUUUCUCCUUCUCGAUGCCUGCAGAACCCACUGCGGGAGAACGCAGCCCGGCAAGCCCGGGCCCUGAGCCUGGACCCUCUGCAGAGCCUGGCAGCACCAACUCGCCUCGCGGGACGUCUCCUCCUCCUACACUCUCAGCCUCUGCUGGAGAGACCCCCAGCCCCACCAUUCAGCGCACAAGAUAUCCUCCAGGCCCUCCUCACCUCUUUUCAAGUCAAGAUUGCAUCCCAUACCCGCAUGACUCAAUCAGAUUUGGAAAUGUGGGCGCUCGAGGGCCACCCGUACGGGCUGCCGCUGGCCAAGAGGCCGGCCACGCUGGCCUUCUCCCCGCUGGGCCUCACGACGUCCCCCACGGCGUCCAGCCUGCUGGGAGAGAGCCCCAGUUUGCCAUCGCCGCCCAACAGGAGCUCGUCGUCCGGGGAGGGCACGUGCGCCGUGUGCGGGGACAACGCGGCCUGCCAGCAUUAUGGGGUCCGCACCUGCGAGGGCUGCAAGGGCUUCUUUAAGAGAACGGUGCAGAAAAAUGCAAAAUAUGUUUGCCUGGCAAAUAAAAACUGCCCAGUAGACAAGAGACGUCGAAACCGAUGUCAGUAUUGUCGAUUUCAGAAGUGUCUCAGUGUUGGGAUGGUUAAAGAAGUUGUUCGUACAGAUAGUCUGAAAGGGAGAAGGGGUCGGCUGCCUUCCAAACCAAAGAGCCCACUACAGCAGGAACCUUCUCAGCCCUCUCCGCCUUCUCCUCCUAUCUGUAUGAUGAAUGCCCUCGUGCGAGCUUUAACAGACUCCACACCCAGAGACCUUGAUUAUUCCAGAUACUGCCCCACUGACCAGGCUUCUACAGGCACGGAUGCUGAACAUGUACAACAAUUCUACAACCUGCUGACCGCCUCCAUUGAUGUAUCCAGAAGCUGGGCAGAGAAGAUUCCAGGAUUUACUGAUCUCCCCAAGGAAGAUCAGACAUUACUUAUAGAAUCAGCCUUUUUGGAGCUGUUCGUUCUUAGACUUUCCAUCAGGUCAAACACUGCUGAAGAUAAGUUUGUGUUCUGCAAUGGACUUGUCCUCCAUCGACUUCAGUGCCUUCGUGGAUUUGGGGAGUGGCUCGACUCCAUUAAAGACUUUUCCUUAAAUUUGCAGAGCCUGAACCUUGAUAUCCAAGCCUUAGCCUGCCUGUCUGCGCUGAGCAUGAUCACAGAACGACAUGGGUUAAAAGAACCAAAGAGAGUGGAGGAGCUAUGCAACAAGAUCACAAGCAGCUUAAAAGACCACCAGAGUAAAGGACAGGCUCUGGAGCCCACCGAGCCCAAGGUUCUGCGUGUGCUGGUAGAACUGAGGAAGAUCUGCACCCAGGGCCUCCAGCGCAUCUUCUACCUGAAGCUGGAGGAUCUGGUGUCUCCGCCUUCCGUCAUUGACAAGCUCUUCCUGGAUACCCUACCUUUCUAAGUGGGAAACCACUUCUUUGCAGGCACCUGGGUUAAUCAAUCAAGGGAUGGGUCUGGACACCAACUACUUUCUAUCCUUUGUUCAGAGGAAACGCAGUUCCUGU